AAAGAGUUCCCUUCUACUGAAUCAUUACUCAAGUACACGUCAUGCAUUACAAAGAAUAUACAAAUAAGAAUUUGUUUUUAUAAAGUAAAAGUAGAAUGCAUAUUUUUAAUGAGAACAACAAAUUUUGUAUCUUAUCUGAGUUGAUGUUGGUAGAAAUAAACAAAUAUAUAUAUAUUUUUUUAACAAACAAAUCAAAUACCGAUUAGUCUUUGCAACAUUUUCAAAAUUUCCCGUAAAAUGUCAACAAUAGAAAUACACACGAUUGAAGGCAAUUGGACCGAUUUACCACUCCAUCAAGUUCUGUAUGAAUGGAUUGUGAAAAAUAUGAGUAUACCCAGCGACAUGAGUACCAUUGUGGCUUAUAUUGCUCUGUUUUUAAUAGGCUGGUAUUCAAUUGUUUGGGUGACACGUUUUAUUAUGACUAUUAUAUGGCCAUUGUUUUUAAUAGCAUCGGCAAUUAUAGUCUUUCGUAUUUUACAAUUUUAUGAACCCGAGGACAUAGCGGACAUGGUUUUCAAAUCUCUAACAAUUGUGGCGGACACUUUAGUCUUAAUUUUGGGAAAAGUUUUAGAGUUUUGUUUAAAAAUAUUCGAAUAGUGUUACUUUCCUCAUGGAAAUACAACUCUAUGAAAGAAAAUGCUCCAAAAGAAAAACUCAAUAAUUUAAAUUGUCAAAAAUAAAAAUUGAAAUUAAUUAUUAUUAUUAUUGUAAAUAAAUUUAAAGUUAUUUUGUAAAAUUUAAA